UCCGUCCGAUCACCAGACCCUUAAAUUCUCGAUUUCUUCCAAGAUAUGACCGUUGCAAGAACGUUUUCAGAAACUUGGCGAGAGCAUUGAGCUGUGGAAACGUUUUCAGAAGCUUGGCGAGAGCGUUGAGCUGUGGAACUGUGGAUCUUUCAAGGUUAUACAUAUAUUAUCUUUUCAGUAAUUCCCUGAAGACUACUGAGACUAAAAAUCAGGAAUAUGGGAGAUCGAUCCAAUGGUCUUCAGCUGGACUCCACUUUAUUGCUUAAUGAAAGAGGGCCACAGAGAAGUGGGCAGAGCAGAUACAACUCUAUUGGUCUUCAGCUGGACUCAACUUUAUUGCUUAAUCCUCAUUGUUUAGUUCAGGGGAAUUCCGUUGGUCAGUCCUUUCAGCCUGUCCGUGGUACCUUGGUGGAGCAACAAUUUGGGAGUAAUAAUGAUCGAGAUACAGUGCCAGGUUCUAGGUAUCAGAGGCCUCUUCUACCCACUGGCUUUAGAAUGUAUCGACCUCACCAGAGAGGUGUGCAGCAGGUACUGCAAGAAGAUGGCCAUCACCCACACUUGAGGAUUCUAUCUGAAGCUGAGGUUGCUAUACUGGAAUUUUCAGACUUCAGGAAUUCUCGCGAACUUCUUAGUGACUUGAGGUUGGAUAUAGAUCGCAUGCCAUAUGAGGAGUUGCUUGCACUGGGAGAACGUAUUGGCAAUGCAAAAAUUGAAUUGACAAAAGAAACCAUCACUAGGCAUCUUAAGACGAGAAGAUAUCAUCUGUCGCCUGCAGCCUGUAUCAAUUUGAAUGAGCCAUCAGGCAUGGAUCAAGAAGCUGAGACCUGCAUCAUAUGCCAGGAAGAGUUUGAGAACAUGGACAAGAUAGGAACUCUUGAGUGUGGACAUGAAUAUCAUGCAAAGUGCAUAAAGAAGUGGUUGCUUGUGAAAAAUAUGUGCCCAAUAUGCAAAAGUGUCGCUUUGUCUCAGAACAGCAAUGGUGGAUAAAAGAUCAGAAGAUGGAAGAAAUCCCUCCUUUACUGAGUCUCUGUUUAUUAGAACUGGUGCUUUAUACCCUUUUUAUACUUGAUACAUUGGUUGAAUUUUCUUUUCUUUGGGCCCCAAGGGGUUAAAGGUGUGGGUUGGGAAUCUCUCUAUCCCUCCCUUCACCAACCCCCUUCUCUCUAAUGUAAAAAUGUGAUUCAUUUUUGAACCCUUCUUUCUAUUGUAAAAAUGUUAUAUUCAUUUUUUAUCCAAUUGAUUAGCAGGAUGAACCAUGAUUAAGUAAUAAUGAAAUGACAUUGUUUUUAUUUGUUUCAA